AUGCCUUAUUAUUGUUUAGUAAGCAAUAGUUGGUCAAAUAUCAAUAAGUCUUCAAUAAUAAAUUAUAUGAUAACUACACCUGAUCUGAUUUUUUAUAAGUCAGUUUGUACUAAAGACGAACACCAUACUACAGAAAAUAUUGCUAGAGGAAUUGACAAUAUAAUACAAAAAGCUGGAAUAGAUAAAUUUGUUAGUAUAAUUACGGAUAACACAAACAAUAUGAAAGCCACGUGGAAUAUUUUGAAAAAUAAAUAUCUGAAUAAAGUAUUUCUUGGAUCUUUUGAAUAUCUUAAUCAUGUUUUACGAACUCAAGCUACAAUAUAUGCCAUAGUAGCUAAUAAUAGUGUUGAAAUUAAUGAAAAUAUUAAAUUAGAAAGAGAUAAACCAUAUCUUCCCUUGGUAUAUAAAAUAUUACAAGAAGUAAAAAAUAAGUCUAUGACAAAUUUACAAGUUCUAAUUGAAUUGUGCAAAAAUACUUUACAAGUUACAAGAAAUCACUAG